UAGCUGCAAGCCUAGCCCACCCCAAACGCUGAUAUAGCAUGCAUUCUGCCUUUUGGGCCCACAAUAGAAGAAUGGCGACUGGGGAUAAAGUGCUGAAGCUGUCUGCAGAAGCUUUGCAUAAGCUCCGAAGCGAUCAUGAGCAGUUCCUGGAGGCUUAUGAAAAGCCAACCCAAAUUUAUCGGUUCUUGAGGGCAAGACAUUCCCUGAAACCUCUCUUUCUGCAACGGAAUCUCUCUUACAUGCGAAUGCAUCGCAAUGCCAGUCGACUCAAGCAUAAACGGAGGAGAAAGCUGAGGGUCAACGACCUCUUCGAGCACACUACUGAGAGCAAGCCUGACUUGUCCACUGAUAUCAAAAGUGAUAACCGGCUGGAAAUAUCUAUCUCUGGCUUGGAGAGUGGGAUAGACUUCAGUGACAUGUUAGCUGCAGCUAGUGGAUCAUGCUCGACAACCAAUCAGAGUAGCGUGUCAAAGUCACAUGAGCGCCAGUUGAUAGAGAUCGAGAUACUACUCUACAGUUUCAGCCAACCUUCUGCUGAGGCUUUGUUGAGUGGGAACAAGAAAGCGUUCCACUGCAGCUGCUUGAGUCUCGGCAAACGAGUGAUUGGAUUUGAUGAGACUAGCGACGACGACAAUCGAAGCAAGAAAACAAACUUGUAUCUCCCACUUUCGAUCCCGGAGAGUUCGUUGACAUGGAAACACCGACUGAACCCCGGUGGCACUCAAAUGAUUGUAUUUAGAGCUAGUCAGUACGUCCCUAAAGCCGCCUCUUCUACGAGAAAAUGUACGCGGUGGAGAAAUCGUCGGAAAAACUCUGCUCAAAACAAAAAAAGGACCAGUGCUAAUAAGGACGAUACGACAGCUUCUACAAAAGCUACAAAUGCCUCUUCUUUAACCGAUGCUGCUACUUUGUUGAGAAAUGGCACUUCUCUCGUGUCUAGUAAUGCCAGGUCAGCAAGAGGAGAACUGCAAGCUCAGCAAACAGAUGUAACUAUGUGUGAAUCUGUAGUACGCUCAGUAAAAUCAAACAGGGCAAAAAGGAAGCCAGAGACUCGAGAUGCUUGUGUAAUGACAGACUUACAGUUUGGGAUUGAGUGCAUUAAUGAACUUACCCCCCUUUACCAAUCUAGCAUGCAAACCAAAUCUCCAAACGACCCAAUCAAAGAAUCUUCUUCCUCGCAUUUACAAAAUGGCAAUUCUUGUCACUCUAAACCCUCCUCUCCCCCUCCCAACAGAAGUAGAUCAACCUCCCCACACCUCUCAAGACAUGAUAAGUGUACCUCCCCUCUCGUGUCAAAGCUGGCUCUACAAAAUGGCGUCGUCAACGGCUUGUCAAUGAAAGGCUAUGCCUCUCCAACCGUAGCUGCAAUUAGGAAAAACGUGAGACAACGAAAGAGAACGAAACGAAAACCUUAUACGAGAACUAAGACAACAAAUUCUAAAAUCACCGCGCACAAAAUUCAAUCUACCCCUCCCACUGCACACCCGCCCACACAAGACGACCUCACCCGCAAAAAACUGUCUCGUAAAAUUCCCAACAAACUUGGAUCGGGAAAACAUGGAAUUCGUUCCUUUCUCAUCUCUAUCCCUCGCACACACUAUAUCGAGAAACCCACGACCACCAGCCCUCAGGGCUUUCUUCCGAAAAGCAACGAUGAAGGAUACAAAAAUGUCGUCCGCAGUCCCGGCUAUAGAAGACGAACAGAGAUCCAGCUGCUCCUAGACGGAGACAAGCCUAGAGGUCAAAGAGUCCGAGCCGAUCAGGUGCCCAAGUUCGUGGCAGAAGACGUUACAAGUUGGUCGACAAAGUCGUCAUGCAUGGGCAGUAGCACGCGCAAGAUCACACCGGUGGAUCAUUAUUCGUGUCCAAUCCUUUCUCCGAAAAGUAACGCUAGUAGCACAUCGCCCAAUCACAGGAAGAGAUCUCAUAGCGAAGACUAUUUCAAUAUUACUUCUCCAAAUCAAGAUCAACAACCGCCACAGAAAUUCUCUCGUCUUACGAGUCCGUCGGAUUCUGUUGCUACUACGUCGAGCACAGCUAUAGAUAAGCAAGCCAAUCUUUUAGCUCCGACUGAUCGAGAUUCAACAGCUGAUGAAGAUUGUUGUACUGAUAAUGAAUGUACUGCUGAUGUUGAUGUGUGUAUUCAGCCCAAUGACGUGUUUUGUGCCGAGCUGGUUUUAUUUGAUUCCCGUGGUGACUGUCUCCUUGGCGAUGGUGAGUAUGCUGUGAUGAUGCAGAAGUGCCUGGAGAGUGGAGAGAAGGAAGCGGCAGAGCUCCUGACCUUUGAACCUCUCACCUGGAGCUCCGUGUUUAGUGGCAAAGCUCAUCGUGAUUCUGCGUCCAACAAGAACAAGAACCUGUUACUCAAGUUCUCUCUGAACUGGACAGACGGUCCCCCACAGCACCUCCUCUGUAGUAACCUGGAUACUGCGCUCGACCUCAAGAAAAUCAGGGAAUCGUACUACUUAUCACUAUCUCCAUCUCCGAGACCACUCUCCCCCGUCCCUCCCAUAAUCGAGCACCUAAACUCGGACUCACAAGAUUCGAGCAUGCUCACUGCAACAGAAAAUGGCGUCCCAGUGACUGCUCUCUUCCCGGCUGAGACCACAGACUCGCAAACUCUCAUGGAGGUGGACACACUCUCGUCUCUAAGCCAGCCCCCCUCACUGGAGAAAGAGAAGAUACUGUUCAACUUUCUCUAUGGCAGCAACAGCUUACAGCAGACUGAGUGCAAAGAAGACCUGCAUUGUCCGUGGUGCUUCAUUCCCUGUGUCAAGUUCUACACUUUGCUCAAGCAUAUGUCACUGUGUCAUCCCCGCUUCCAGUUUACCUACUCUCUGAGUCAACAGAAGGCCAAGGUGAUUGAUGUCCAUGUGAAUAAACUGUACGACACGAGUAGCUCAAUAGAGCGUGACCCGGGUGAAAAGGACAAUCUGAGUCUUGUGAAGAUGAAACAGCGGCCAGCCAAGAGCUUCUCUUGCACCUGCGUCCUUGUUGACAGAGGAGUGGAUAUUGAAGAGGACGUGUCAGAGUUUAUGAAUGAUGGCUCCUGGAGAAGAGGCUACAACACGAACAGGAUGUACUACCAUUUAAACUCAAGCCUGCCCAUGCUUGAGGAAGAGAUAAAAGUGGACAGCGAGGGGGAAGAGAGCAAUCUUGAGUGGCAGAAGAUCUGCUGUCAGAAGAUGCUCGAUGACUUCACUGACGUGAACAAAGGAGAGAAGAGGCUCAUGAAGCUGUGGAACCUCUUCGUCAUGGAGAACAAGCUCAUUGCAGAGAAGCAGAUACCUGCAGCAUGUCUACUGUUUGUCAGCAAGUACAAAGAGAACCUUUUGGAGGAGAAAAUCGACAGGAACUUUCUCUCACACCUCAUCAGUCAGUACGAUUUUGGUUUGAUACCAUCCUCGACUAUUGAACAGUGCAUGUCAGCUCUAUAUGAAAACUCUUAGCAUUGAUAUCAGAGUCACUUUGCAAAGUAAUUAAUUAUAAUUAUUAUACACUUCUGUUUAUGUCAGGUAUUAUGUCAGCUUGUACGUCAAUGUAUUAGCUGUGAUCUUAAGAAAUCUCUCUGUUACCACCACUCUCCAAUAUAUAUCACAAAUAACUUAUUUCUGUUAAUUAAUAGAAUGUUGUAUUUAAUUAUUAUUAUUGUAUAAUCUGCAACUGAAACCUUUCAUGCAUCUUUGGUGCAACCAGUCGGAAAUGACCGGAUGUAAAUUGUUACGUCGAUUAA